CCACUCACAACUUUCUCCCUUCCCCCCUCUCUCUCUCUCUCUCUGUUCCGUACAGAAGAAUAAUGGCAUCCGAGUCAUACAGAGUACUGAUGAAGCUAGUGGCGGUGGUCCCCGCCGUGACGGCGUCGUUUCUUGCGGCGGAGGUGGACGCCAAGAUCCCCGGAGUUUACUCCGGCGGUCCCUGGAUAGACGCUCAUGCCACCUUCUACGGCGGCGCCGACGCAUCCGGCACCAUGGGUGGAGCUUGCGGGUACGGGAACUUAUACAGCCAAGGAUACGGAGUGAAUACUGCAGCACUAAGCACCGCUUUAUUCAACAAUGGACUGAGCUGUGGAGCAUGCUUCGAGCUCAAAUGCAUAGACGACCCUCGAUGGUGUUUGCCCGGAAACCCUAGCAUUCUCAUCACUGCCACCAACUUCUGUCCUCCGAAUUUCGCUCAGGCCAGCGACAAUGGCGGUUGGUGCAAUCCACCAAGAGAACACUUCGAUCUGGCCAUGCCCAUGUUCCUCAAGCUCGCUCAGUACAAGGCAGGGAUCGUUCCCGUUUCUUACAGGAGGGUUCCGUGUAGGAAGAAGGGAGGGAUAAGGUUUACGAUAAAUGGGUUCAAGUACUUCAACUUGGUGCUGGUUACCAACGUGGCUGGUGCAGGGGACGUGGUGAAGGUUAGCGUGAAAGGGACCAACACUGAGUGGAUAACUAUGAGCCGUAACUGGGGACAGAACUGGCAGUCCAAUGCUGUCUUGGUCGGACAAGCUCUCUCCUUUCGAGUCACCACUUCCGACGGCCGCUCCUCCGCCUCUAAAAACAUUGCUCCGCCGUCUUGGCAGUUUGGACAAACUUUCUCCGGCAAGAACUUCCGCGUUUACUGAUACAUAUACAUUCUUUCCAAUUCAUAAUCUCCAAAAGAAGAAAAAGAUAUUCGAGAUUUACGAUUUGGAGGGGUUUUUGUUGUUGUUGUUGGGUUUUUUCCCUUAUUUUCCCUGGGAAAAUUCCGGGUUUGCUUGGGUGGCAAGUUUGGUUAAUUUCUACAAAAAUUAGGCGUUGUUGUGUCUUCGAGUGCGUUUGCGUGUGCGUGUGUAAGAAGAGGCUGAAGCGACUGCAGAAAGGGGGGAUGCAGCCCGCAGUUCUCGUUCACGAUAAUUAUGUACAAUGUCAUAUAAUAUAAUAAACAUAAGCUAUUUAAACUAUA